AUGGACGCCCUUUUCUCUCUUCCCGUUAUAUCCCUAGUCCUUAUCCCCGCCAUGUCCUCCUACGCAACCAGUCUAAACAUCAUCUUCUUCUACAUGACAUGGUCGACUCUCGUCCUGUCGCAUUCCCCCAUUCGAGUCGAAUUAGCCGGUACAAUCACCGUCCGCUUAUUAUUCUUCAUACUACCAUCACUCCUAUUCUUCCUCUUCGAUAUUCUCACUCCGUCUGCGGCUGUGAUCGUCAAGGCGCAGGGUGAGGCCGGUUUACCUAGCGGCAAGAAGCGCGGCAUGAUUCGUGCGCGUGAGCUCAAGGUCGCAGGCUGGUCGCUCUUUAAUGUACUUCUGGGACUCAUCUUGCAAUCGGGAAUCGAGUAUCUGCUGGUUAAGUUACUCGGUAUUCGCAGUGCGGUGAAAGUAUCCAUGAAGCUGCCUAUGCCAUGGGAGAUUGGACAAGGUCUAGUCUUCGGAUUAUUAAUUCGAGAGGGUCUAACAUAUACUAUACACCGCUAUGUCCUUCACAAUAAAAAAUCAAUCCUCACACGGUCUUUAACUGAGUGGCAUGAAUCAUGGUACCACAGCCUUCGGACUCCAUUCCCUCUUACAGCGCAUUAUGAUCAUCCCAUCACAUGGAUAAUCGGUCGCUUUAUCCCGAGCUUCUUACCAGCAAUGCUACUACGCAUGCACAUGAUUACCUAUAUCAUCUUCCUAUCAACCCUGUCUGUUGAAGAGACAUUCGUGUACUCUGGUUAUACUGUUAUGCCAACAAGCUUCUUCCUUGGCGGAAUUGCGCGCCGUGUAGAUGAGCAUCUACUUAAAAAGGGAGAAGGAAACUUUGGGCCUUGGGGCAUUUUUGAUUGGAUUUUCAGCACAACUGUUGGGGAGUCGACUAUUGAAGAUGAUCUUGAGGCUGAGUUUGAUAGUGACGAGUUCCAGGAGAAGGUUCUGCAGGCGUUGGAGUCUUCGAAGCAGAAAAUUCGUGAGGGAACUUUGCGGAGGAAGACUCGGGGACGGAAGCGUAGUUCGAUUGUUGAAGAGCAUUUCAAUAGAUAA